AUGGCUGUUGAAAAAGUGGAAAUCAACAAAAUAAUAUUUGGAAUAUUUAAUGCAUCUGAUAUAUACAAUCUCAGUGUAGUGGAGAUCAAGACUUCAAUAUGUUUUAAUGCUCUUGAUCACCCAUUAAAAGAUGGAUUAUACGAUUUAGUUAUGGGUCCUUCUGGGAUGUUAAAAGAGUCUUGUUUAACAUGUAGACAAACAAUUCGCAAUUGUUGUGGACAUUUUGGUCAUAUUAAUUUACCACUGCCAGUUAUAAAUCCAUUGUUUCACAAAGAAGUUUUAACAUUAUUAAAAUUAUCUUGUAGCUAUUGUUAUAAGUUGGCAAUACCUCCGAAUUUAAGAAACUUAUUUAUUUACCAAAUGAAACUUCUAGAUCAUGGUAAAAUGGCAGAAGCAGAAGAUUUAGAAACGAAGGCUUUGAACUUAAAAGAAAUGGAUUCAAAUGAUGCUCAAAAUUAUGUUGUAAAAGAGAAUUAUUCAGAAUACUUAAAAGAAUUAGAAUUGGAUUCGAAUCCAGUUAAUAUUCCUUCAUCGAGGAGUAUUGAAUCUUUGCGUUUAAAAUUUCUCAAUGAAUUUAUAAAACAAAUAAUUCUUCCCAAGUCAUGCACUCAUUGCAAAAAUCCUUUUAAAAGAAUUAUCAAGUUUCAAAAUAAAAUAAUAAGCUCCAUUACGAAAGUUGAAAUAGCAAAAAAAUUUAAAGAUGUUCCACAAAAUGCUUUUAAUAAAGGUUCAAAGCAAGAAACAACGUUCAUAACUCCAAAAGAAUCAAGAGAGACACUUCGAAAAAUUUGGGAAGAAAGUAAAGAUUUAGUAGAAGAAUUGAUGCCAAUUUUAAAAAAUUCAAAUUUAAGCUAUCCUACGGAUUUAUUUUUUAUGGAUGUAAUAUUGGUCACUCCACCAAAAGCCAGACCAGUAGAAUUUGCUAAUGUGAAAGCCGUCGACACUGGUGAUUAUAACAGUUUCCCUCCAGAAUAUAAAGUUUACAUCGAUGGGAUUCGUGGAGCCACAGUUUUGGAAAAACUUCAUGAAUGCUGGUUACAAUUACAAAAUGAUAUUGAUACAUUAUUAGAUUCAAGUGCAGCUCGAAUUUCUUUAAAAAAAGGCAUAUCUGGAUUGAAACAAGUUUUAGAAAAAAAAGAAGGUGUUUUAAGAAUGCACAUGAUGGGUAAAAGAGUUAAUUUUGCAGCAAGAACAGUAAUAACUCCUGAUCCAAAUUUAAAUAUUCAGGAAAUCGGUGUGCCGGAAUAUUUCGCCAAGAAAUUGACGUACCCAGUCGGCGUAAAUUUUUUUAACGUCGAAGAAUUAAGAAAAAUGGUUCAAAAUGGUCCUGAUGUUUAUCCAGGAGCGACCCUAAUUGAAAAUGAGAACGGCUCACUAAUAAAACUUACAGGUGGGGAAGAAAAUAGAAAAAAAAGAAUAGGAAUUUCCAAGUUGUUAUUGAAAUCAAUUGAAGGAGAUCCAACUUCAUUUAAAACUAAAAAAGUUCAUAGACAUUUGCUAAACGGAGAUAUUGUUCUUUUAAAUCGACAACCCACUCUUCAUCGGCCGAGUAUUAUGGCUCACAUUGUAAAAAUUUUAAAAAACGAAAAGACGUUUAGACUGCAUUAUUCUAAUUGUAAAGCCUACAAUGCUGAUUUUGAUGGAGAUGAAAUGAACCUUCAUUUACCUCAAACCGAAUUAUCAAGAAGUGAAGGCUAUAAUAUAGUAAAUGUUGCGAAUCAUUAUUUGGUACCUAAAGACGGAACACCUUUAGGUGGUCUCAUUCAAGAUCAUAUUGUAUCUACAGUCCGAUUAACAAUGAAGAACCAAAUGUUUGAAAAAGAAGAUUAUCAUCAACUAGUGUACCAAGGUUUAUCUCACAAAAAUGGAAAUAUAAUUUUAUUACCUCCGUGUAUUGUCAAACCGAAAAAAUUAUGGUCCGGAAAGCAAAUAAUUUCUACCAUUUUAAUUAACAUUAUUCCUAAAGACAAGGAUUUAAUUUCAUUUAAUGGAAAUGCUAAAAUUAGCGUCAAAUUAUGGGAAACAGGAUCACCUAGAAAAUGGAUGUGUGGAGAAGAAUUUAAAAGUGAUAACGAAAUGUCAGAGUCCUCAAUUAUUUUAAGAAAAGGAAUCCUGGUGACUGGCGUGUUAGAUAAACAGCACUUUGGAGCCACUCCUUUUGGAUUAACGCACUGUUUGUAUGAAUUGUAUGGCGGAGAGUGUUCUUCGAAAUUCUUAAACUCCAUUGGCCGACUAAGCACUGCUUUUUUACAAAUGACGGGUUUUACUCUUGGCGUGGAAGAUAUAUUAGUGAAAGCCAAGGCAGAUAAAAGUAGAAAAAAAAUAAUUGAAAAGUUAAGGAAAUGUGGGGAUGAGAUAGCUGCAAAAGCACUUGGCUUGGAAGAAAUUCCGAAUGAUUUAUACGAAAGGUUAGAAAGAGAAUAUUUUAAGAAUAGAACCAUGUUUAAAGGAAAAUUAGAUCAAGAAUAUAAGGUGAAAUUAAAUUCAUUCACAAAUGAAAUAAACAAAGUUUGCUUGCCUAAGGGUUUAAUUUCCAGAUUUCCAGAAAAUAAUUUACAAUUAAUGGUUACGUCAGGAGCUAAAGGAAGUACAGUUAACACAAUGCAGAUCUCUUGCCUUUUGGGACAAAUCGAAUUGGAAGGCAAAAGACCACCCUUUAUGAUUUCUGGAAAGAGCCUUCCUUCUUAUAAGGCUUUCGACACUCAGCCGUGCGCUGGUGGUUACAUAGAUAAUAGAUUUAUGACGGGUAUAUCUCCUCAGGAGUUUUUUUUCCACUGCAUGGCUGGUAGAGAAGGUUUAAUCGAUACUGCCGUCAAGACUUCCAGAAGUGGUUACUUGCAAAGAUGUUUAAUAAAACAUUUAGAAGGAGUAAGCAUAGGUUACGACGGAACCGUGAGAGAUCAUGAUGGUACCGUGAUACAGUUUAUUUACGGAGGUGACGGUUUAGAAGUUCAAAAAUCAACUUUUUUUAAACCUACUCAUAUGGAAUUUCUUCACAAUAAUUUAAAUGCAGUUGUCAAAAAAUCUGUGAUUGAAAGCCUCAAAGCCGACGUACCGUAUAAAAAAAUUGAAGCGUACAGAGAAGAAGUAAUGGCAGGAAUAAACCUAAGUAAAAAGGUUCUCGCUCCUUUCACUUCUUUUUCUCAGUCUAUAAAAAAUGAUAUACGCAAUAAAUAUUUUACAAAAUUAGAUAAAAGAACGGGAAGAACGAAAGCGUAUUCUAAAAUGCUUAAAAAGUGGAAUGCCUUAGCCGAUGAAGAUAAACAACUUUACAAGCAAGAAGUUCGAUUAGAUCCAGUUACGUCCAAGUAUAACAGAAAUCACGACUUUGGUGUGAUAACAGAAAAAUUGGAAACUUUAAUAAAGGAUUAUUUAGAUGCGAAAUGUUCAAACCAAUCGAAAAAAGAAAAGAAGAAAGUUAAAAAUAUGGUAGAAGCCAAAUACAUGUUAUCAUUAUGUCAACCUGGAGAACCAGUGGGUCUUUUGGCUGCUCAAUCAAUUGGUGAACCAUCCACUCAAAUGACUUUAAAUACUUUUCAUUUUGCCGGAAGAGGAGAAAUGAACGUAACUCUUGGUAUACCCAGGCUCAGAGAAAUUUUAAUGACGGCAUCGAAAUCAAUAAAAACUCCUUACGUUGACGUGCCUUUGAAGAAAAAGUCUGAAAAAAAAAUGUUGAAAAACGGUAAUAAAUUGAAAAAAAUAUUUCAGAGAGUGACGCUAGCCGAUGUUUUAGAAACGAUUACGGUUCAUGAAAAAGUUAUUUUUAAACCAAGUCCUUUAUUUACAUACACGAUUAGAUUUAAAUUUCUUCCACAUAGUUUCUACAAGGAUGAUUAUUUAAUAAAACCUAAAGAUGUGCUGGAAUACGUGGAAAAACCUUUUCUCAUAUUGCUGUGUAAGGAAAUUAGAAAAUUAAGUAAAAAAUUUGGUGACAUUAUAUUCGAGUCGAAGGAAGAGAAAAUGAUAAGCAAAGAAGACGAAGAAAAAGACGACGCGGAUAAUGUGGAUUCCGCAGGAGUCAAUUUUAAUAAAUACCGAGGUUUCGGAGAAAAUCACGAGAGUUCCGAUGAAGAAGAAGAAUUGGAUGAUGACGAUGCGACCAAGGAAAAGGUAAGGAAUAGACAUUGCGAAAAUCAAGAAUACGACGAACCUGAAGAAUCGGAAGAGGAAAAAAGCGACGAAGAAAAUGACACUCUGUAUCAGGACGAACCGUCGGAAUACGAAGAAGAAACGGAAAGAAGAGUUGAAUUAGGGGAAGAAGAAAGCGAAUCCCGGGACAUUCCAGAAAUCAAUUUGACAAGCGAAGAAUUGAAAAAUGUCGAAAAUAGAAAAAAUUUCGUUUUGAAUACAUUUCCGAUGAUAAAAAAAUACGAUUUCGACGUUGUCAAAGAAGAAUGGUGCGAAAUGGUCGUGGGUAUACCCCUCACCCUAAAUAAAAUUGAUUUUUCAACGAUAUUGAAAGUGAUUUGCGGAAAAUCCGUUCUGUAUCAAAUCCCUAACGUCAGACGAGCUUUCGUUUAUAAGAAUCCGUCCGGAGAGCUGCAUUUGAAAACGGAAGGGGUUAAUUUCAACGAAAUGUUCAAAUUUUAUAAAAUGAUCGACAUAAACAGACUUUAUUCGAACGACGUGAACAAAGUGGUCGAAACUUUAGGAAUCGAAGCCGGUGUGAGAAUAAUCGUCAAAGAAUUAAAUGACGUCUUCGGAGUGUAUGGAAUCACCGUCGAUCACAGACAUUUACUACUGGUUGCCGAUUACAUGACGAAUCAAGGUAAUUAUUCACCAUUUAACAGAAUAGGUUUGGCAGACAGUUCCAGUCCGCUCCAGCAAAUGUCCUUUGAAAGAUCAACGGGAUUUUUGAAAAAAUCACUCGUGAGAAAUCAAGAGGAUUUCAUGAAUUCGCCAAGCGCGAGAAUAAUGGCUGGAAGAUUUUGUAAAAGCGGAACCGGAUGUUUUGACGUCAUGACUUUACCGAGUAUUUAA